AUGCUGCCCCCACGCUUAACGCCGGUUCCGCGGCUUCGGAUCGUGUCUCUCGGCUCCUCUCGCCCCAUGUCGCUCUGUGCCAUGCGCGGAAAGAAGACCAAAACCGUGGCCAGCCUCGGGGAACCCCCCAUAGGCCUUGUCACGCCCUUAGAGCCACUGCUAUCUGAGUCGAGCCAGGUGGUCCAGAAGCCGAGGAAGGGCGGAAGGAAGACUAAAACCGUGAUCGACCUCGAUGACGUCCCUCAAGGAUUGGUCCAACAAUCGGGGCCGCUACCCCCCUUCGAGGAUGAACCGGAUGAGCCCGCUUACCCGACGGUAGUGCUGGAGGCACGCCGCAACAUGCAAAAGUUUAACGACUGCGUGGUGCUAACGCGUGUUGGCGGCUUCUAUGAGCUGUACUUGGAACAGGCAGAGGAGUUUGGGCCGCUCCUCAACCUCAAGGUAGCACAAAAGAAAACGAGCGUUGCUCUUGUCCCUAUGGCCGGCUUCCCUUUCUUCCAGCUGGAGCGCUUUCUGAAGAUCCUCGUGCAAGAUCUCAACCGCCAAGUAGCCAUUGCGGAGGAGUUUCCAAACGAUCCUUCGCAGAAGAUCAAAUCUGGUGGCUUGAUGCAUAACCGCAAAGUGACCCGUAUCAUCACAGCAGGAACGCUAAUUGAUGAAAGUUUCAUGGACCCCUAUGCAAAUAACUAUGUCUUGGCGAUUCACUUGCCGGAGUCAACCCCAUUGGGUGACAAGGACGACUAUGAGAAGGAUGAUAUUGCUGAGGGGAAUGCUGAGGCAUCUGACAAUGCUCCGGGUCAGCUCGGGUUAGCAUGGCUAGACCUAUCAACGGGCUAUUUCUACACCCAGCCUACUACCCUAGCUUCUCUUGGGUCCGUUCUCUCACGGGUCUCUCCUCGAGAGGUGGUUCUUGAUAGGACCCUCGAGUCUCAGCAGGGCCAUGCCCUCUUGUCUAUACUACGAGAGGAAAACUAUCUCGUGACAUACUCGCCCGAGGGAGAGCUACGACAGCUCUCCGACUGGGCCCCUAUGUUGGAGUCGGAGAUUCCACCUCAUAGCGUCGAUGAAUUCACCGAUAACGAGGUUCAGGCUGGCAAUAUUCUGCUUCACUACGUUAGAGACAGGCUGCAGGGGCUGAGCAUGAAGCUGCAACCGCCGCUCCGUCACGAGAGCAGGGAUGUGAUGAGUAUUGACAAGAACAGUAUGCGUUCUCUGGAGAUCAAGCAGACGAUCCGGGACAGUGUUUUUCGGGGCAGUUUGUUGCACGCUAUCCGACGGACCGUCACCAAAAGCGGUGCCAGGCUGCUAAACGAGUGGCUGAGCGCCCCGUCUACCUCCCUAGCGGUCAUCAAUUUCCGUCAGGACUUAGUCUCCCGCUUCAUCCAAGACGAGGACGUCCGGGACGCCAUCAUCGAGCUCCUGGGCCGAAGCCAUGACUCCCAGCGCCUGGUUCAGAAGUUUGCCCUCAACCGUGGCGACCCCGAUGAUCUGCUCCGCCUGGCCAACACCAUCAAGGCCACAGAAGAUAUUGUCAGCACUUUGCAGGCCUCCGCUCUCUCUUUGUCGAAAGAAGAUCACGUCGUGGAAUUCGAAUGCCUCUCCACCAUGAUCGACCGCAUCAGCUUAGAGCAACCUCUCAAGCUUGCCAAGCAGAUCCGCGACGCCAUUGAUGAAGAAGGCCUCGUCCAGCAGCACCAGAUCGAGGAUGACAAGACCGGCGCUAUGGUCGCCCUUGCUCAAGAAAUUGUUAAGAACGAAGGCACCGAUGAAGACGGCACUGUUAUUCCCAAGAACGCCACGGCCAAGGCGCCGCCGCCGCCGUCGUCGUCGUCGUCGUCGGGUUCGCCAAAGCGGAAGACUCCUUCCCUCCGCGAGCACUACGGCGAAGACAGCGAAGUCUGGAUCAUGAAGCCCAAAGCCUCCGCGCUGCUAGGCCGCCUGCACACCAAACUUACCGGGCUCCGAGAGGAAAAGGAUGAGCUCACCGAGACCCUCCGCACCCGUCUCAAGGCGACCUCGCUCACCCUCCGCUGGACACCAACGCUGGGUCACAUCUGCCACGUCAAGGGCAAAGACGCGAGAAGCGCCCCAGCCGCCCUUGCGCCCAUCGCCUCCGACGACACCACCCCAACAACCACCACCACCGCCUCCCCGGACGGCCCAGAAGCCUCAACGCCCGACCCAGUCCCCAUCCGCACACUCAGCUCCAGCCGCAGCACCCGCUCCUUCCAAAUCCCCGAAUGGACCGCCCUCGGCGAAUCGCUCGACAAGGUACGCGGUCAGAUCCGCACCGAAGAGCAACGCGUGUUCAACCAGCUGCGCGCACGCGUGGUUAAGUGCCUCGUCAAGCUGCGGCGCAACGCACGUGUGCUAGACGAGCUGGACAUCGCGACGUCGUUUGCGCGACUGGCGGCGGAGCAAGGGCUCGUGCGACCCGUCAUGACGCUUUCGUAUCAGAGCGUGAUUGUGGGCGGGCGGCAUCCGACUGUGGAGGGGGGCUUGGCGGAGCAAGGGCGGACGUUUACACGGAAUGAUUUGUUUUUGGGGUCGGGACCGUUGGGUCCGAGGGAGGUGGUGAGAGAGGUGGAAGAGGAGGAUGCGGAAGGGGAAGGGGAAGAAGAGGAAGGGGGAAAGGUGGGUGUCAUGCCUCAAGCAAGGGACAAAGUGAAACAACACCACCACGGCCGCAUCUGGCUCAUCACAGGGCCCAACAUGGCGGGCAAAUCCACCUUCCUCCGACAGAGCGCGCUAAUCGCGGUGCUAGCGCAGAUCGGGUGCUACGUGCCAGCAGACUACGCCUCGCUAGGCAUCGUCGACGCCAUCUUCAGCCGCGUGGGGUCCGCUGACGACCUGUUCCGCGACCAGAGCACCUUCAUGGUAGAGAUGGUAGAGACGGCCGCCAUCCUGCGGCAGGCGACGCCGCGGUCGCUGGUCAUCAUGGACGAGGUCGGCCGCGGCACUACGCCUGAGGACGGCACGGCCGUGGCGUUUGCUGCGCUGCAUCAUUUGGCUACUGUUAACCGGUGUCGCGCGCUGUUUGCUACGCAUUUUCAUGAUAUUGCAGAUUUGGUGGCGAAGGGGGGGCUACGCGUGGAGGAUGGGGGUCUGAAUGGGACUGUGGAUAUGUACUGUACGGAUGUGGAGGAGGACGAUCAGGGCGGGUUUGCCUACGUUCACAAGCUGCGCAAGGGGGUCAAUAGGCAGAGCCACGCGCUCAAGGUGGCGCGUCUGGCUGGGCUGCCGGAGCAAGCGAUCAAGGUUGCGCAGCAGAUGCUGCAAGGGACCGGAACGGAAACGGGGACAGAGACAAAAACGGCGAUGGAGACAUCAUAG